GGCUCCGCGGACCCGGCGCGGGCACCUGUGGCUGCGUCCUAUGGCGCACGUGGAGGCGGAGGCCCCGGGGAGCCGCUGGGGCCGCCUGUGAGCCAGGGAGCGGAGGAAGCACCGGCGCGCACGAUGUCGUUCCUUGAAGAGGCGAGGGCAGCAGGGCGCGCGGUGGCCCUGGCGCUGGUGCUGCUGCUGCUCCCCGCCGUGCCCAUGGGCACCAGAGUUCCGCCGCGGCCCCUGCCCCCGCUGCAGCCCAGCAUGCCCCACGUGUGUGCUGAGCAGGAGCUGACCCUGGUGGGCCGCCGCCAGCCGUGCGUGCAGGCCUUCAGCCACAUGGUGCCGGUGUGGAAGGCUGGCUGCGGGUGGCAGGCGCGGUGCGUGGGCCACGAGCGGAGAACCGUCUACUACAUGGGCUACAGGCAGGUGUAUACCACAGAGGCCCGGACUGUGCUCAGGUGCUGCCGAGGGUGGACGCAGCAGCCCGGCGAGGAGGGCUGCCUCUCGGCUGAAUGCAGCGCCGGCCUCUGUUUUCACGGUGGCCGUUGUGUGCCAGGCUCAGCCCAGCCGUGUCGCUGUCCCCCCGGCUUCCAGGGACCCCGCUGUCAGUAUGAUGUGGACGAAUGCCGAACCCACAACGGUGGCUGCCAGCACCGGUGCGUGAACACCCCAGGCUCCUACCUCUGUGAGUGCAAGCCCGGCUUCCGGCUCCACACUGACAGCAGGACCUGCCUGGCCAUUAACUCCUGCACCCUGGGCAAUGGCGGCUGCCAGCACCACUGUGUCCAGCUCAUGAUCACUCGGCAUCGCUGCCAGUGCCGGCCCGGGUUCCAGCUCCAGGAGGACGGCAGGCGCUGUGUCUGGCGAAGCCCGUGUGCCGACAGGAACGGCGGCUGCAUGCACAGGUGCCAGGUGGUCCGGGGCCUCGCCCACUGUGAGUGCCACGUGGGCUAUCAGCUAGCAGCAGACGGCAAGGCCUGUGAAGAUGUGGACGAAUGUGCUGCAGGGCUGGCCCAGUGUGCCCAUGGCUGCCUCAACACCCAGGGGUCCUUCAAGUGCAUGUGUCAUGCGGGCUAUGAGCUGGGCGCCGAUGGCCGGCAGUGCUACCGGAUUGAGAUGGAAAUCGUGAACAGCUGUGAGGCCAACAACGGCGGCUGCUCCCAUGGCUGCAGCCACACCAGUGCUGGGCCCCUGUGCACCUGUCCCCGUGGCUACGAGCUGGACACAGAUCAGAAGACCUGCAUCGAUGUCGACGACUGUGCAGACAGCCCAUGCUGCCAGCAGGUGUGCACCAACAACCCCGGCGGGUACGAGUGCGGCUGCUACGCUGGCUACCGGCUCAGUGCCGAUGGCUGUGGCUGUGAGGAUGUGGAUGAGUGCGCCUCCAGCCAUGGUGGCUGCGAGCACCACUGCACCAACCUGGCCGGCUCCUUCCAGUGCUCCUGUGAGGCCGGCUACCGGCUGCACGAGGACCGCAGGGGCUGUAGCCCCCUGGAGGAGCCGGUGGUGGACCCGGACGGCGAGCUGCCCUUCGUGCGGCCCCUGCCCCACAUUGCCGUGCUCCAGGAUGAGCUGCCGCAACUCUUCCAGGAUGACGACGUUGGGGCUGAUGAGGAAGAGGCAGAGUUGCGGGGUGAACACGCGCUCACAGAGAAGUUUGUCUGCCUGGAUGACUCCUUUGGCCACGACUGCAGCUUGACCUGUGAUGACUGCAGGAACGGAGGGACCUGCCUCCCAGGCCUGGAUGGCUGUGACUGCCCCCAGGGCUGGACUGGGCUCAUCUGCAAUGAGACUUGUCCUUCGGACACCUUUGGGAAGAACUGCAGCUUCUCCUGCAGCUGUCAGAAUGGUGGGACCUGCGACGCUGUCACAGGGGCCUGCCGUUGCCCCCCCGGUGUCAGCGGAACUAACUGUGAGGAUGGCUGCCCCAAGGGCUACUAUGGCAAGCACUGUCGCAAGAAAUGCAACUGUGCCAACCGGGGCCGGUGCCACCGCCUCUACGGGGCCUGCCUGUGCGACCCGGGGCUCUACGGCCGCUUCUGCCACCUCACCUGCCCGCCGUGGGCCUUUGGGCCGGGCUGCUCGGAGGAGUGCCAGUGUGUACAGCCCCACACGCGGUCCUGUGACAAGAGGGAUGGCAGCUGCUCCUGCAAGGCCGGCUACAGGGGCGAGCGCUGUCAGGCAGAGUGUGAGCCGGGCUACUUUGGGCCGGGGUGCCGGCAGGCAUGCACCUGCCCAGUGGGCGUGGCCUGUGACUCUCUGAGCGGCGAGUGUGGGAAGCAGUGUCCUGCUGGUUUCCAGGGAGAGGAUUGUGGCCAAGAGUGCCCGGUGGGGACGUUUGGUGUGAACUGCUCGGGCUCCUGCUCCUGUGGGGGGGCCCCCUGCCACGGGGUCACGGGGCAGUGCCGUUGUCCGCCGGGGAGGACCGGGAAAGACUGUGAGGCAGAUUGUCCCGAGGGCCGCUGGGGGCUGGGAUGCCAGGAGAUCUGCCCAGCAUGCCAGCAUGGUGGCCGCUGCGACCCUGAGACCGGAGCCUGCCUGUGCCUCCCUGGCUUCAUCGGCAGCCGCUGCCAGGACGUGUGCCCAGCAGGCUGGUAUGGUCCCAGCUGCCAGACAAGGUGCUCUUGUGCCAAUGAUGGGCACUGCCACCCAGCCACCGGACACUGCAGCUGUGCUCCUGGGUGGACCGGCUUUAGCUGCCAGAGAGCCUGUGAUAGUGGGCACUGGGGACCUGACUGCAGCCACCCCUGCAACUGUAGCACUGGCCACGGGAGCUGCGAUGCCAUCAGUGGCCAGUGUCUGUGCGAGGCUGGCUACGUGGGCCCGUGGUGCGAGCAGCGGUGUCCCCAGGGCCACUUUGGGCCCGGCUGUGAGCAGCGGUGCCAGUGUCAGCACGGAGCAGCCUGUGACCACGUCAGCGGGGCCUGCACCUGCCAGGCCGGCUGGAGGGGCACCUUCUGCGAGCGUGCCUGCCCGGCCGGCUUCUUUGGAUUGGACUGUCGCAAUGCCUGCAACUGCACCGCCGGAGCCGCCUGUGAUGCCGUGAAUGGCUCCUGCCUCUGCCCCGCUGGCCGCCGGGGCCCCCGCUGUGCUGAGACCUGCCCUGCCAGCCUGUACGGCAACAACUGUCAACAUUCCUGCCUCUGCCAGAAUGGAGGGACCUGUGACCCUGUCUCAGGCCACUGUGUGUGCCCGGAGGGCUGGGCCGGCCUGGCCUGUGAGAAGGAGUGCCUCCCUGGGCACGUCGCAGCUGGCUGCUGGCACAGCUGCGGUUGCCUCAACGGGGGCCUGUGUGACCCGCACAUGGGCCGCUGCCUCUGCCCGGCCGGCUGGACUGGGGACAAGUGUCAGAGCCCCUGCCUACGGGGCUGGUUUGGAGAGGCCUGUGCCCAGCGCUGCAGCUGCCCACCUGGCGCUGCCUGCCACCAUGUCACUGGGGCCUGCCGCUGUCCGCCUGGCUUCACUGGCUCUGGCUGUGAGCAGGCCUGCCCGCCCGGCAGCUUUGGGGAGGACUGUGCUCGGAUGUGCCGGUGUCCUGGUGAGAACCCAGCCUGCCACCCUGCCACUGGGAUCUGCUCAUGUGCUGCUGGCUACCACGGCCCCAGCUGCCAGCAACGAUGCCCGCCCGGGCGGUAUGGGCCAGGCUGUGAACAGCUGUGUGGGUGCCUCAACGGGGGCUCCUGUGAUGCGGCCACGGGGGCCUGCCGCUGCCCCGCUGGGUUCCUCGGGGCAGACUGCAGCCUCACCUGUCCGCAGGGCCGCUUCGGCCCCAACUGCACCCACGUGUGUGGGUGUGGGCAGGGGGCGGCCUGCGACCCUGUGACUGGCACCUGCCUCUGCCCCCCGGGGAGAGCCGGCGUCCACUGUGAGCGCGGUGAGUGUUCACUCCGGAGGGCAUGCUCACGGGCCCUUCACAGAGAUGUCACUGGAUUAGCCGUGGGGACGCUGGAGGGGUGGGCCCAGCCCAGGCACCCGCACAUCCUGGCUGCCACCAGCUCCCCACUUGACGCUGCGGCUGAGAUGAGAGUGCUGUAGCUUGUGUUGACUACGCUGCCCUGCUUGGGGGAAUGGACCAUCCUAUGCCAUCCCAGCCCCUGCCUCGAGACUCAGCCCCCGAGGCUCAGGCCACCCAGUGACCCCAUCCUCAUCGAGGUGUCCGUGGGGGCUGCAGGUUCCUACCCAGUGCCUGCCUGGCCCCUUGCAGGAGGGAUUGGGUGGCUGUCUUCUGCCUGAGGGUGGAGUCUUUCUGGCCUCUUCUGCCAGGCCCAGGGCCCAGGACCAAAGUGGAGGUGGGCCUGGAGCACAGUCAAGAGUAGAGAGAUGGGCUGGACCCAGGGGACAGGUGUGGUGGCUCCUGCUCAGACAGGCCCAGUGUUCAUGAGCACAGCCACAGCCUCUUUAUCUGGUCCCACCCUUAGUCUGCAUCAAGGGACUGGCUGCCCCCACAGCAGUUCUUGGCCUUCCGGGCUCAUUGGGAGCCUGUGGCAGCAGAGGGUUCAGGAUCCCAGGGCUCAGGCUCUAGCUGGGAGGUAGCUUGGCCCCGCCUCACUCCCAGGAAGGAUAGUGCCAUCGGGCUGGUCAUUAGGCAUCUGGCUGUAACAGCAGGGCUGCAGCCGGCCACCUCUGAGCCCACGGCAGCCCAGCCACGCUACUUCUCAGGCCUGGAGGAUGUGCACUCACUCCCAAGCGAGAGACAGCUGGUUCACAGUGGGCCGCUGCCUCCAUGAAGCCUUCCGUGAACCCCUUCCUGCAGGCUGGGUAGGCGCUCACCCGGCCCCUUCAUGACUGAGCCACCCUCAGUUCCUAGACCAGGCCUGGCACUUGGCAGCCUGAGAUGACCAAUGAAUGAGAGGAUGCAGCUGGUGCCACUCCCUGGCAUGUACCCGCCCAGCAGGCAGAGACUGGCACUGACGGG